UAUAUAAGCCCAGUAAUCCAUCACAUCAAGCAACUUCAUCAACUGGAGGACACGAGGAACUAAGAGAACCAAAAUGGCUUCUUUCAAAAAUAUCUUUUUCCUGGCUCUUCUGGUCCCUUCAACCAUAAUCUUGGCACAAGAGCCAAGUUCGAAUGGAUCGGAUAGCUCCAGUGAAACGACCAUAGCGCCCUCUCAGGGCAGCAGCGAGCCACCACCAGCAUCAGCAGCUUCGGGAUCCUUCGACCACUUCGCCUUCAAACUCCCUAAAUUCGGCUGGCCACAAAUACCUGGAUUCGGCGAAGGUGAAUCUCGUCACAAGAGGUCUGCUGAGUCCCCCGAUGCAGAACACGCUCGCCAGGACCAACUUUUCUUCCGUCGUGUCGUAAGAUGCAACUACGCAACUGAGGGUGGCUUCAGAUGCACCGGCUGCCACACAGCCCGUCGCUGCUACCCCUUCAACAUCGGCACUACCACAACCUGCAGUGGCAUGCUCCCCUACUGCAGAAACGGCUUCUGCUCCGCUACUAAAGGCCCUCUCUGCACAACUACUACUACGUCGACUACCGGCUCAACGUCGACCACGGAUUCUACUUCUACUGACUCUAGUUCCUCGAGUUCCUCAAGUUCCUCGUCCAGCUCUUCAAGCUCUUCCAGCUCAUCGAGCUCGUCGAGCUCGUCAUCUUCGAGUACCAGCACUUCUACCACCAAGAGCCAAUAAGCUUGAGAAGUUCUUGGAAACCACAAUAUAUGCGAACCAACAUGGAAACGGAAUUGCCUUUUAUAUAUCUAUGAUAUUAUUUGCGUGCUUAUAACCAAUAAACAUUGAAUUUGAAUCAUU